AUGAGAGGUUCGCCUUUGAGUCGGCGAGCUGCUCAGCGAUUCCGGCAACUUGCUUUCUUAUCUGUUGGAUCCGUUAAGGUUAAAUUAUUGCUUGGAUUUUGCAUCUUCUUCACUUUGAUCUUGUUCUUCUUUCGAGCUUCCACUUUCAUUCAAUGGACUCAACAUCACAGUUUUGUCGAUCAAUCUGAUUUGCACAGGAAGGGUUAUACACUUUUAAUUAAUACCUGGAAGAGAAAUGAUCUAUUAAAGAAAUCCAUCUCCCAUUAUGCAGCAUGUCUACGAUUGGACUCCAUACACAUUGUAUGGAGUGAGCCUGAUCCUCCAUCAGAGUCUCUCAAUCGCUAUCUAAAGCGUAUCGUGCAGAAAUACUCAAAAAAUGGACGAAAAAUUGAACUGAAGUUCGACAUCAAUAAAGAAGACAGCUUGAACAAUAGAUUUAAAGAAAUCAAGAAUUUGAAGACAGAUGUAGUCUUCUCAAUUGACGAUGAUGUCAUAUUCCCUUGCUCUUCUGUUGAACUUGCCUAUAGUGUAUGGCAGAGUGCUCCUGAUACAAUGGUUGGAUUUGUGCCACGUAUGCAUUGGCUGGAUCACUCCAGAGGCAAUAGGGAUUACUUUGAGUAUGGAGGUUGGUGGUCUGUUUGGUGGAUGGGCACUUAUAGUAUGGUUCUAUCCAAGGCCGCUUUUUUCCACAAAAAGUAUCUGGCAAUGUACACAAAUGAGUUUCCAGCAUCUCUAAGAGAAUAUGUAGCUCAUAACAGGAAUUGUGAAGAUAUUGCAAUGUCAUUUCUUGUUGCAAAUGCAACUGGUGCUCCUCCUAUUUGGGUGAAAGGCAAGAUUUUUGAGAUUGGAUCUACUGGAAUUAGUAGCUUGGGAGGUCACAGCGAAAAACGAACUGAAUGCAUUAACAGGUUCGUUGCUGAGUUUGGGAAAAUGCCUUUGGUUUCAACUUCCAUGAAAGUUGUUGAUAGCCGAAAUACCUGGUUUUGGUGAUGUGUAGCUUCAUUUUAUACCUAUUCAUUUUGUUCUGCACAGUUCUGUCAAUUACCAUUUUUCGUAGGUUGGCUCUUUUUACCAUGUAUGAUAUCUGGAUACUUGAUCCCACAAAAAAAAAGGUUUGGGCUUCAUAAAAUUAAGUAUAGAUCAAUUGGCCUUUUUUCCUACAUGUAAAAUUCCACCCCCGAUCAUUUUAAGAUGACUGCCUUUGUGGCGGGUAUUCGGGUAAGGUUGUAGAUGCCAAUUUUGGCAACUGAGUGGGCAAUAUCCUGUUCUGAAUAUAUCCCAAGAACUUGUAUGAAAUGAAACUCUCAAUCAAUAGAAGAUUUAAGACUUUUCUGUCUGGAAAA